AUGGCGGACGAAGGAAUCGAUCGCAAGGCGGAGGAGCGGAUGGAGUUCUCCACGUCCAAGGAGGUCAGCGUUGCCCCGACGUUCGAGGCGAUGCACCUGAAGGAAAACUUGUUGCGCGGCAUCUAUGCCUACGGAUACGAAUCGCCCUCGGCCGUCCAGUCGCGUGCCAUUGUACAGAUCUGCAAAGGCCGUGACACCAUUGCUCAGGCGCAGUCUGGUAYAGGAAAGACGGCCACAUUCAGCAUCUCCACGCUCCAGGUGAUCGACACGGCUGUGCGCGAGACUCAAGCCCUCGUGCUAUCGCCAACCCGCGAACUUGCGACUCAGAUUCAAUCCGUUCUGCUUGCGCUUGGCGACUACAUGAACGUGCAGUGCCACGCCUGUAUCGGAGGCACCAACGUCGGCGAGGAUAUUCGCAAGCUUGACUACGGUCAGCAUGUAGUCUCUGGAACGCCCGGCCGCGUCGCCGACAUGAUCCGCCGACGCAAUCUGCGCACCCGUAACAUCAAGAUGCUCAUCCUGGACGAAGCCGACGAGCUCCUCAACAGGGGUUUCCGAGAGCAGAUCUACGAUGUGUAUCGUUAUCUCCCCCCAGCCACGCAGGUUGUCGUCGUGAGCGCCACACUUCCUUACGAUGUCCUCGACAUGACAACCAAGUUCAUGACCGAUCCAGUCCGCAUUCUGGUCAAGCGUGAUGAACUGACCCUCGAGGGAUUGAAGCAAUACUUUAUUGCGGUCGAAAAGGAAGAGUGGAAGUUCGACACUMUUUGCGAUUUGUACGACACUCUGACCAUUACGCAAGCCGUCAUCUUCUGCAACACGCGCCGCAAGGUCGAUUGGCUUACAGACAAGAUGCGCGAUGCAAACUUCACAGUCUCCAGCAUGCACGGUGAGAUGCCUCAGAAGGAACGCGACUCUAUUAUGGGCGAGUUCCGACAGGGCAAUAGCCGCGUGUUGAUCAGCACGGACGUGUGGGCGCGCGGUAUCGAUGUGCAGCAGGUCAGUCUAGUUAUUAAUUACGACUUGCCUAGCAACAGAGAGAACUACAUCCACCGGAUCGGCAGAUCGGGACGUUUCGGCCGCAAGGGUGUCGCCAUCAACUUCGUCACCAGCGAGGACGUGAGGAUUCUGAGAGACAUUGAAUUGUACUACUCGACCCAGAUCGACGAGAUGCCGAUGAACGUGGCCGAUCUGCUGGCUUGA